AUGGGCAAAAAAUUAUCGUUACCAUCAAAACAAUAUGUGCGUUGUAGUAUAUUCGAAACUCUUAGUAAUGAUAUCUUAUUAGAAUUAUUCGAUUAUUUAUUUCCAAAUGAAAUCUAUGAAUCAUUUAGUCAUUUGAAUAAUCGUCUUGAUAAUUUGAUUGAUAGUUAUCCACAACAUGUAAACUUUCAAUUCAAUACGACUAUACCUCGUUAUAUUCGUUCAUUAAAAAUUACCAGCACAAAUCAAGUACCUUUAUUUUUCUCUCUUCAUUCUUCUCAACUAUCAAACAUUCGAGGGUUAACUUUAAGUAAUUUAUAUGUACAACAGUUACUUGACAUGCUUAAUAUUAUAGAAUUUCAACAAUUAGAAUAUAUUUAUUUAGGUGUAUGUCGAGAAGGUAUAACUCAAAAUGAUCUAAUUAAAUCUGUACAAACAAAAAUUCUUACUUUGGGUAAAUAUCGUUUACGUCGAUGUCAUUUACGUGGUCAUCUUCUCGUUAAUAUUAAUGAUUUACCUUUAUCACUUCCAUUCCUUGAAUAUAUUCAUCUAGAUGGUUGUGACAAUUUUGUUGUUCUUUCUUCAUUUCUUUCUCGUAUGCCAAAUCUAAAAUUUCUUCGAGUAUCAUUACUUACUUCAACACGAUAUCCAUUGCAAACAGUAUCCUGUCGAAUUACUCAUCUAGUUUUAAGACUCCAUUCAGAGUGUUCCAUAUCGGACCUUAAAAUAUUCUUCGAUACGUGUUGUUCAUAUGUUGAAAAAUUAAUUGUUGAGUCAUGUACUGAAAAAUUUUAUCUACCAAAAUUAUUGAUAAACAAGCAGAAAUGGAUUGAAAUUCUCCCUAGUCGAAUCACUUGGUUUCAUCUGAAGGCAAUUAUUAGUGUACAUGAUUAUCUAGUAUUCAAUAUUAUUAAACGUUCAAAAUUCUAUAAUACUAUUUCAUUAAUGCAUAAUGAAUAUCAAAAUCAUCUUUGUCAAACAAUUAUAGAAGAACCAUUUACAAGUGUAUGGUAA